AUGGGUCAACACUACUCUCAGCCUCGACCAGGCACCAAGCUUCAAGUCAUCGGCGCUGGCCUUCCCCGCACCGGAACUGCAUCUAUCAGCCGAGCGCUGGAAAUUCUUCUCGACGGUCCUGUAUAUCACGGUGGGACACAAGCCUUUCUUGGUCCUGAAACUGAAAUCAAAACAUGGAUUCAGGUGCUGAACCAGUGGCGACCUGGAGGCAUUUCCAUAAGGCGCUCCAAUCUUGAUCUCAUCAAAGAACGCGUUGAUGGCUUUGUUGCAAUCACUGACUCACCCGGCUCAACGCUUGUGCGAGAAUUAAUGGCAAUCUAUCCAGAUGCCAAAGUGAUCUGCACCGUCCGCGAUGUCGAAGCCUGGGAACGAAGCAUGGCUGCAGUUAGCAGCAAAUCAACCCAAUGGUUCCUGCGUUUCGUCUUGUUUCCUUUGCCCUCAUUACGAUACUUUGUCGAUUACAUCAAUGCACUGCGCCAGCAGUGGUUUCUGAAGUUUGGAGAAACCGAGCCAGUGACAAGUAGCUCGUAA